AUGAGGACAACCUUGUUGUGGGGCGACAACUAUACUGAUAAGAAUGGGUCUCCGACAUCAACCAAUGCUGUAGCCUAUUCACCUGAUGGAAAUCUGUUGGUCUCUGCCAGUUACAAACAUGUCUUGAUCUACAAUGCUGCAAAUUUCCAGUUUAUCAAACAUUGCAGAGCCCAUACGGACACUGUUUAUUGUCUGGCUUUUGCUAAGGACGGAAAAGUUUUUGCUUCGGGAGGCGCUGACAACACUGUGAUUGUGUGGACAAAUACCGGAGAAGGAAAAUUGAAAUACAGUCACAAUGAUUCCAUUCAAUGUGUAGCAUUUAAUCCUUCAACUAAUCAAUUAUUGAGCUGUGCCUGUUCUGAUUUUGCAAUAUGGUCACAAGACGAAAAGGAAAUACAAAAAACAAAAGUCAAUUCCAAGAUUUUAUGCUGCAGUUGGACAAAUGAUGGUCAGCAUUUAGCUCUUGGUUUCUUCGAUGGUAAUGUCAGAAUAUACAAUAGAGAGGCAAAAGAGCUGGUGAAUUUCACUAGAUCGGAGCCAAUUUGGACAAUUUCUUUUAAUCCUUCCCGAGAUGAACAAUACGACAUUCUUGCGGUUGGCUGUUGGGAUCAAACACUCUCUUUCUAUCAUUUGAGUGGUAAACAAAUAAUUAAGGACCAAAAGCUUGGGUUUGAUCCAUGUUGCAUCUCCUACUUUAGCAAUGGAGAAUAUUUAUGUGUAGGUGGUUCGUCAGGAGAAGUUUCUCUUUGGAACAAGGAUGGAAUUCAAUUGGUUCCAAUUUCAAAACAUCAAGGAUGGGUGUGGGGAAUCGCUCAAAAGCCAAAUCAAAACUAUGUGGCUGUUGCAACCAAUGAAGGGGCUCUUCAAGUUUUCAAAUUAGAUUUCAUUACUGUGCAUAGUUUGUAUGGAAAUUUAUAUGCCUUUAGAGAUUCAAUGACAGACGUUGUUGUUCAAGAUCUUGUAAAUGAUAAGAAAGUUACUGUAAAAUGCAAAGAUUAUGUGAAGAAAAUCGCUAUCUACAGAGACAGAAUGGCGGUUCAACUUAAGAACAAAAUUCAUAUUUUGGAGUUGACUCAUUCCAAAACCGAAAAUGAAACAGGAGAAGAGGUUGAGGAAGAAAUGCAAUAUAGGAUUAUAGAAAAAAUAUUUAAGGAUAUUGAGUGCAACAUGCUUGUAAUAACUUAUGGAAAUUUGAUUUUCUGCCACGAAAAAGAAUUGAAUUUAUAUGACUUCAAAGGAAAUUUACAACGGGUGUGGGAUUUGGAUGCACCAAUCAAGUACAUUAAGGUUAUUGGCGGGCCCCCUUUUAAGGAAUCUCUCUUAGUUGGUUUAUCAAAUGGAUCAAUUCUGAAAAUAUUUGUUGAUAACCCUUUUCCUGUGCAACUCUUGAAGCAUGACUACUCUAUUCGAAGCUUAGAUCUCAAUAUGAGCCGAAGAAAGUUAGCUCUUGUGGACCAAAAUAAUGAUCUCAUGGUUUAUGAUUUAAAAGAAAAGAAAUAUAUUUAUCAAGAAAAGAAUGCAGAAGGUGUUGCCUGGAAUUCUGAACAUGAACAUAUGCUUUGUUAUUCAGGUGGUGGUUUUCUUAACAUUAAGACAGAAAAUUUCCCUGUCAAUCAACACAAACUACAAGGAUUAGUGGUUGGUUUUACUGGAUCCAAAGUAUUUUGUUUACACCAAGUAUCCAUGAGUACUGUUGACGUACCCCAAUCAGCAACUCUUUUCAGAUAUAUUGAGAAAGGAGACUUCCAAGAAGCAUACAAAAUUGCUUGCUUGGGUGUUACGGAAUCAGAUUGGAGAUCUUUGGGAGUUCAGUCAUUACUAGGUGUAAAUUUAGAUAUUGCGAGAAGGUGCUUCAAUAGAAUUGAGGAUACCAAGUUUAUAUCUCUCAUUGACAAGUAUGAAAAAUUAAUUAAGCAAAAUCAAUUCAAUAGAGAUUUGUUUGUUGGUGAAAUUCAUGCUUAUCAAGGACGAUUUGAUGAGGCAUCGAAAAUGUUCGUUAAAGGAGGACGUGCAGAUCUCGCUAUGGACAUGCUGUGUGAUUUAAGAAAAUGGAAGGAAGCUAAAGAACUGGCACUUACCUAUGACAACAUCAACCUCACAGAUAUGAUAUUGCGCCAAGCUAAAACAUCAGAAGAGGAUAACGAUCUUAAAUCAGCAGCAGAGUUAUAUGCCGCGGCUGGUAACUACGAAAAAGCUGUACAGAUCAUGGGUGAUAACAAAUGGUUUGACUUGUUAUUGGAAACUUGUAGAAAUUUAAACCCCAAUGAAGCUCGAGGAGUAGCCAUGUGUGCAGAGUAUUUCAGAAAGAACAAGCUCUAUGAUCAUGCAAAAGAAGCAUACCAAAAGAUUGGAGAUUAUUCUUCGUUAAUCAAACUGUUUGUUACCUCAGAAAAAUGGGAAGCAGCCUUCGAAGUUCUUGAAAAGCAUCCAGAAUUUUCUGCAGAGGUGUACCUUCCAUACGCAGAGCAUUUAGCAAUUGAAGACCGGUUUGAUGAAGCUCAAGAAGCAUUCAGAAAAGCAAAUAGACCAGAAAAAGCUCUAAAAAUCAUUGAAGAGCUUGCUCAAAAUGCUAUCGACGAGAAUAGAUUCAAAGAUGCUGCUUAUUAUUUAUGGAAAGUUGCACAUGAAAUCAUGGUCAAUACAAAGAACGAACAAGUCGUGACUGAAUCAGUUUGGAAAGAAAUCAAAAAGUUUGAGAAGUAUUACCGUAUGAGCCAAAUUUAUUUUGCUUAUGACCUUGUUCACAAGUAUUCUGAGCUUCCCUUCAAUUCGGUAGAUACGAGACAUCUCUUCAAUGCAUGUUUGUACCUUUAUAAUAAUCUGGACGUUUCAAAUCUUCCAACAGGAAUCUCUAGGAUAACAAUAACAGUUACGAUGGCCAAGCUUGGUCUUUCACUAGAAAACUACAAAUUGGCAAGGGAAGUUUAUCAAAAUAUUCAACAUUUACGAUUGCCAAAACCAAUAAUGGAUGAAAUUGAAUUAUCCAGCAUUUCUAUUCACAGUAAGCCAAUGAGAAACAAUGAAGAAUGUACACCAAUCUGCUUUAGAUGCUCCGCAUCAAAUCCUUUCUUGAAUGAAAGAGGAGUUGACAGUUGUAUGAACUGUGGCCAUCAAUUCCAAAGAUCACCUCUCUCGUAUCAUAUACUUCCUCUUGUUGAAUUUGAACUUGAAGAUGGAAUCGAGGAAGAGGAAGCAAUUAAAUUAAUCAACCAGGCACCUCCAUCGCUCUCAAGAAAACCAUCAGACAGAUGGAAAGAAAGCAAAACUUCUAAUGUCCAAACUCAACAGGGAAAUGCUCAAAUCUUUCAAAAGAGAAGACGUUUUUAUUGUGGAUUGGAAGAAUCCAUUGAUCAGGAGACAUUUCUUCAAAUGUAUCAUUCCAAAUUUCCCAAUCGUUCAAUGCCAUCACUGUAA